AUGAGAGACAUCACGCGAAGUCACUGGUCUUUCUCUUUCUUUCCUUUCUCUCAUCCACAUCCCACUGCAAGGUUUCUACAAGUCGCUCCCCGAGGUCUCGUCUCUUCUCACCCCCACUUCGUCGUAGCUUACGCUUCCAUUUCCGCCCUCGAGCCCCCUCUGGCGCUUCUCGAUUGCCUGGUCCCAAUGACGUACCUCCAAAAGCGAAACUCGGCCUCUUCAGUCCAAGUGACGAUCCAAACCUCUACCACCGCGACGAACGCAACACCCGGCGGAAGCGGGAUGCAAGAGAGUCUCCCCGUUCAAUCAGCGACGAUCUCGUCGAACCCGUGCGGCCACGCCGUUGAGCCUGCUCACGUGACCGACGAUUUCGACCCCAACACGUCUUUCGGGGCUACAUCCGCCGCAACGGUGACACGUCUCCCCAGCUACGAACCACGAUCCCCCGUGUACCCGAUUAGCUUCCACCCGCCUUACCCAACAUGCGACUCCCUCGAUUCGCAAGACCACACCCUCACCCUCGUCGAGUCUUCCAAAGACCAGCAAGCUCCCCCACCGACUUACAGCGAAACGCCUCGAACUCGAGCCGAGCGUCUCUUCUACUUCGGUCUCGUACCCCCCUUCAUCGCUUGGGCGUUCGGAAUGGUGCAUAUCUGGCGACCCGAGAACCCAGAGAAGAAAUGGCUGGCGUCGAUCGAAAGCAACGUCGGUGCCAGAGGCGCAGGGGUCCAAGGAGUCGUUCAAGAUGGUUCGGCGGGAGUCAACUCGGUGCGCGAAUGCAUGCGCUCGUUUCGUGAGGAAGAAUUGUUGUGGGCCAAGAGGUGCGCUUGGUGCCUUCUGGGAACGAGUAUUGUAGGAUCGCUCGCAAUCGUCAUUAUCGUUUGCAUGGUCACUCAAGCGUAA